GGCAUUCAUUUUUGGCUUAGCAGCAUGGCCGCUCUUCCUCCAAACCCGGUGCCGCUGGCCUACCAAGGCGGCACACCAGCAGUACCAGUUUGGCUAAACAAAGGAGAUAACGCGUGGCAGAUGAUAUCCGCCACGCUUGUUGGCCUCCAGAGCGUGCCCGGCUUGGUCAUCCUCUACGGUAGCGUUGUCAAAAAAAAGUGGGCAGUGAAUUCAGCUUUCAUGGCCCUUUAUGCUUUUGCUGCCGUAGUUAUAUGCUGGGUCCUUUGGGCGUACAACAUGUCCUUUGGGCAUAAGCUUUUGCCCUUUUGGGGUAAAGCAGGGCCUGCCUUGGGCCAAAAGUUUCUAGUAAAUCAAGCACUACUCCCUGAGACAACACAAUUCCAUCAUGAUGGUACGGUGGAGACGGCUAUGGUGACACCGUUAUAUCCUAUGGCGUCUAUGGUUUGGUUUCAGUGCGUGUUCGCGGCGAUCACGGUGAUUAUACUAGCUGGGUCAGUGCUGGGGAGGAUCAAUAUAAAAGCCUGGAUGGCUUUUGUACCGCUUUGGCUCACUUUCUGUUAUACUGUCGGUGCGUUUAGCUUGUGGGGUGGAGGUUUCCUGUUUCACUGGGGCGUUAUUGACUACUCUGGUGGUUAUGUUAUUCAUCUUUCUUCAGGGAUUGCUGGUUUUACUGCCGCCUUUUGGGUGGGGCCAAGAUCCAAAAAGGACAGGGAGAGAUUUCCUCCAAACAAUGUGCUACUGAUGUUGGCAGGGGCAGGAUUGCUGUGGAUGGGAUGGGCAGGUUUCAACGGUGGAGAUCCUUACGCUGCCAACGUUGACUCUUCCAUGGCCGUUCUAAACACUAACAUUUGUGCAGCUACUAGCUUUCUUAUUUGGACUUGGCUUGAUGUUAUUUUCUUCAAGAAACCUUCCGUCAUUGGUGCCGUCCAGGGCAUGAUUACAGGCCUUGUUUGCAUCACUCCUGGAGCAGGUCUCGUGCAAGGAUGGGCUGCGAUAGUGAUGGGAAUUCUAUCAGGCAGCGUCCCAUGGUUCACCAUGAUGAUCGUACACAAGAGAUGGACACUGCUUCAGCAAAUUGAUGACACACUAGGAGUGUUUCAUACUCAUGCAGUUGCGGGACUUCUUGGCGGAGUCCUGACCGGUCUCUUUGCUGAACCUCAGCUCUGUGCAAUGUUUUUACCCGUUGCAGACUCAAGGGGAGGCGUCUAUGGAGGCUCCGGGGGGAUGCAGAUCCUUAAGCAAUUAGCAGGCGGCGCUUUCAUAAUCGGAUGGAACCUUGUCCUCACAUCAAUUAUUUGUGUAGCUAUCAACCUAGUAAUCCCGUUGCGUAUGUCGGAAGAACAGUUAUCAAUUGGAGAUGACGCGGUGCAUGGCGAAGAGGCGUACGCUCUAUGGGGUGACGGAGAGAAGUACGAUUCAACCAAGCAUGGGAUGUACUCAGAUGAUACCUUGCACAGUAAGGCUUUCACUGGGGCUACUCAGGUGGUUUGAUUAAAAUUUACAAGGUCAAACAUCAGGCGGAUAAAUGUGAAAAAUUGAUGGACAAUACAAACAUUCAACUUCAUAUGUAAUCAGGCGCUGGUUAAGUUCUUCACCGAAAAGGGCAGAAGCUAGGUUUCAUUAGCCUGUGCUUCUACGUGCAAAACACUUUGUACAUAUCAUCCAGUCUUCUACAUAACCGUGGUGUUGUUUUUAGCUUUAUUUGCCAAUAAGAUGUUAGAUGCAAUACAUCGAGCAUGUUCGACAAAACAUGGUCACACUUUUGUUUUAGUAGUUUUUGUUACAUAAGCAUUGCACUUUGGUCAUUUAA